UUUUCCAACCCUGCUGCCGCUGCUGCUGCUGUACGGUACACACGCAGGAACGCGAAGCGGGUCGUCUCCUCCACCUCUGGGAAGUGAACCCCGAAGCACGCUAAUCGGUUCUGUGGUCUACAGUUGUUCCCCCCCUCCAUAUAAAAAGAGCUCUCUCUCUCUCUCUCUCUUACCCCCUGGAUCUGUAGUCAGACAGGGGCAUGCGUCUCUCUCUCUCUCUCUCUCUUCAGACAACCCCACCCUCCAAGCCUCCAUCUUUAUCGAACAGUUAUUGUCUGAGUAGUAGGCUCUGCUUGACUCCCUUCCUUCCAUAAUUUUCUCGCUACAUUGAGCUUCGUAACUCUGUAACUCCACUCGCUGUAAAAAAUUCCCUACAAUGUCAGAUGCCCCAGUCCCAGUCUCCCCCGGACAAGCGUUAACGAAGGGAAAAAUCUAAUCUUUCUGGGACCGACACCCAGAAUCUGCUGGGGCGGCUGCUAAAGCUUCGAGCUUUAAGCCCCGCGAUGCUUCCUCGAAGCUCGUAAUCCGCUUCCCCGCUUCUGGGUUCUUUCGGGAAUAAAGAAAAAAAAAAUGAGGAACGGAGAUAUUUCCCACGUCGAUUUGGAACGGGGGCGUCGUCGUCGUCGCAGCGAGUCGAGCGCCGAGGACGAGGACGAGAGCGAGUGCUUCUCGGACGCCGAGGACGGCGACGGCUCCGGCUCGUGCCGCUCCCAGUUCUACUCCACCACCGGCGGGUCCUACGACGAGUUCAGCUUCGCCUGCGCCUCCGAUCGCGAGGCGACGGCCUCGGGGGCGCGGGGGCCGUCCUCCGGGUCGGAGCGGUCGGCGGAGAUCGAGGUGGUGGAGCGAGAAGGGAAGGUGCAUUUGGGGAAGGCGGAGAGGGAGAGAGAGAGAGAUUGCAGGAUUUGCCACUUGGGUUUGGAAAGCAACAGCCACGAGUCCGGCGUCGCCAUUGAAUUGGGCUGUGCUUGCAAGGACGAUUUGGCUGCUGCUCACAAGAACUGUGCCGAGACCUGGUUCAAGAUCAAGGGCAACAAGACCUGUGAGAUCUGCCAGUCCAUUGCACAUAAUGUGUCCGGUGCAAGUGAGAUAGAGGCGACAGAGCAGUUGAAUGAAACCCAUAGUGCCAUGGCUGUGUCUGCAGUGUUGGCCCCGAUACCUACUUCUGAAACCCGAAGCUUCUGGCAUGGCCAUCGACUACUAAAUUUUCUGCUCGCUUGCAUGGUAUUUGCAUUCGUCAUAUCAUGGCUCUUCCACUUCAGAAUGCCAUCCUCGUGAAUUUAUGUGUCUGGUUCUUUCAAGAAGUAUAUAGUACAAAGAAAAGGGAAAAAGAGAUCGAGAGAGUUGUAAAAAGAGCCUGCGAAAGAGCCUGCGGGGCUCGUUUCCAGGCUCAUUUCCAGAUAGUUGGUGCUUGAGUAUAGAUUAGCCAUGAGCUUCUCAGUGUUUACGCGGCUCAUUGUGUGGAUUCAUGUUUGUCCGUGGUUGUCUGUCUUAUUCAUCUAUAUGAGCAUUCCCCCAUAAUAUAGAGGUUCGGAAUCAUCAGGAUUCGGCCUCCAUCUACUUCCUCUGUAAACUCGAUUUGAGUAUUGGGUGGAGUUGUAAAUAGGAUUAAUAUCUCCACAAAACAUUCUGCACAGCAGGUGAUCUUGUGGUACUGUGCUCUUUUUCUCCGCAACCUGAGUUUGUGUGCUCCUGGAUUUCGACUCUAUAUCUGGUAGGAGUUAUACAAAAGAGGAUCUAGUGUU